AUGGAUGCAGAAAUUUCCAUGAUCGAGAAAAACAAGACAUGGGAGCUUGUUGAUCAACCGGAAGACAAGCCGGUUAUAGGUCUCAAAUGGAUCUAUAAGGUCAAAUUCAAUGAAAAUGGUUCUAUCCAGAAGUACAAAGCUCAACUGGUGGCAGAGGGUUAUUCACAACAGCCUGGAGCAAGCAACAAGAGCCUCGAGACUAUCAGAACAGUUCCUGCUCUAGCUGCACAACUGGAGUUACCAGUAUACCAGCUGGAUGUCAAAUCAACAUUUCUGAAUGGAGAACUGGAAGAAGAAGUCUAUGUGGAACAACCACGAGGCUAUGAGAAGAAAGGAGAAGAAGACAAAGUCUAUCGUCUCCGAAAGGCUUUGUACGGGCUGAAGCAAGCACCAAAAGCAUGGAUCAGCAUAAUCGAUCGAUAUUUUUAG